CGAAGACAUAAAUGAAGUCAACUUCAAGAACACUUCGACGAUGAAGGAGUACGAGCGCAAAGUUCUCUGCCUCCGCAGGUCGUACGAAAAUGCGGAAAGAUAUGCCAGGCAGCUCGACAGCACAACGGACUCGGAAGGCUUCGCCGACUAUACUGGACUCCUGCUGGCCUACGCCGCCUACAAAAGCCUGCCGGUCGCCGAGCAGGACAGGAAGCUGUCCGGCAUCGACCUGAGCGCCGACAAGACUUUCUUCAUUUCGCACUGCCUCAAGUGGUGCGACUUGAGAAGUCGGAAACGUAGGAAGGGCAAACGCUACUGGGCCGGCCGGUCGCGCUGCAUCGUGCCGCUGCAGAACAUGCCCGAAUUCGCGGCCGCAUUCCGCUGCAAGACCGGGGACCCGAUGAGUCCCGCGGACAGAUGCGACUUCUGGUAGAAGACGCGGUGAUGCGUUCACUCAUCGCUUACCGAGCCGCUGGAUUGUGCCUGCGGUUAUGACGCGAGGACUUCUUUGUGUGCAUUUUUCAACUCUUUUUUAUGUCUUCUUGUUUUUGCAGGCGUGCGAUCAGAUCAACGCAUGAAAUAUCUACCGCUUGUUGCGAACAGCGGAUGUCACAACGCGUGCUCCUAUUGAUUAGCUUUGUGUGCUUGUGGUUAUCGCAAGCUACGCUCUUACGAACAAUUGUUUAGUUGACGAAGGGGUCAGAUAAACUCCAACGGCAGCGUUUGACUUGCGAAUGACCAUGCGCGUAUAAAAAAUGUGCACGCAACUAAUUAGGUGGUGGGUACCUCUGGGCGCGCUAUUAUAAGUACGCUACCAUCUAUGGAGAGUAACAUGACUGCCACUCCUGGCAGUCUUUACGUACGUUUCCUCUCGCUCUUAACACACACGUCACCCGGAUUAUCGAGCCAGAAUGACGACGCGUACCAAUAGCGUAUCCACGUGCCUUAGUGUACCACAAAAACUAGCGGUUGUGUUCCUCGGCGGUGUAUGCAAAUGAAUAUAAAUGAUGUAUAGUAUACCGUAACCGGAGCUGGGUUGUUUUUAUCGUACGCUAUGACACUGUAUCUAAAGCUCCCUAAUAACGGCAGUCGCACAAAAAUAGAGGUGUGUUUCUCGGUCGUGUAUCAGUGUGUCUACCAAGGUGACAUUUGUA